GUAUCGAAAAUAACGUCAAAAAAGAUUUACUAUACAGUGUCAAAAGCAGAAGUGAUUCAGGAAUUGACGUUUCAAAAUAAAUUAAUAAGUUUGCUAUAAUCAACCAAAGAUAUUAAUCGUAAAAGUGUGAAAAUAAAUACACCGAAACUACGCAAAUAUAUGAAAUAUACAUACUUACUUGAAAUAUAUAUACUUUAUAACCAGUUGAAAUAUAUUGACAUAUGCAAAUAUCAUUGAGAUUACACCAAUUGUAUUAAUAACUGCAGCGAAAAUAAAUUCAUCAAAAUGUCAUGGAGAUAUACGACACCGAGUCGAUUGGAAAGUUCCGACCAAAUUACAGGCCGUCAUUUGCAAAGAGUCCUAUAUUAUUCAAUGACACCUUGCAGGAAUCUGGCAGGGCUACGAAGAACAGAAUGCGCCUUACACGAUGUUGACUGUGAUGAAGUUUACCCGGGUAUUUACAUUGGUGAUGUUGCUGCGGCGAAAAACAAAUCAUAUCUACGAAUGAUGGGCAUUACACAUGUGCUAAAUGCGGCUGAGGGUUGCCGAUAUGGUCAAGUGGACACUGGACAUAGUUACUAUCGUGAUAUGCCAAGCAUAAGAAGAAACAACAAAGAUACUAUUUUCAGAUAUAUGGGGUUCCCAAUGGUUGAUGCGCCUACAACAGACAUUUCCCGAUAUUUUUAUGUCGCGGCGAAGUUUAUUGACAGUGCAAUUAGUAGUGGAGGGAAAAUUCUGGUUCAUUGCUUGGUGGGCAUGUCAAGAUCUGCCACAUGCGUACUCGCUUACCUGAUGAUUUGUCGCAAAAUGUCCGCCUCAGACGCGAUACGAAAAGUCCGCAUGCGUCGUGAAAUUCGGCCAAAUGAGGGAUUUCUGCAGCAAUUGGCUGAUUUGGAUAUGGAGCUUAAAAGGAAAAAAAAUUAUCAAUACUGAUUUUUGAGAACAUACAAUAUUAAUACUAUAUUCGAACGUUUAGUACAACUGGCAAUAGAAUUUAGCAGCACUAAUAAAUGGAUUCUAAAAUACUAAUAGAAAUAUAUAUGUACAUAUAUAUACGAGUAUACUA